CGCAAGCCCGCGUGUUUCAGUGAUUCUAAUUAGUUGUUACUUCUUCCUCACUUGGUGACGGCUGACGCAAAAAUGACCAACACUGAGUAUGUUGUGGUAACUUAUCAUUUAUUAAAGUGUCCCAAAAUUAUGUUUGGAUAAUGCAUCUAAUUCUGAAGAUGAGGCUGUAUACACUGCUGCCAAGGGAGAAAACCAUUCCUCUAGUUCAGGUUCAACAGUCAGCUGGGGAACAGAAUCACUGCCGAUUCUUGUCGAAAUUCAUUUAGGCGACCUGCUGUGUAUCCACCUUGGGCAACACAUUUACCUUUGGAUUCUUCCUUCAGUCAAAUGGAGAAAAAGAAAUUGGGAAGUAUUCGGGAUGAUGACAAGCAGUUGUCUUCUUCACUUGGUGAUGUUACUCAGCGUGUGUGUUCUGACUUAGAGAACAAAUGGAAAGCCGAAUCUAUAGGUGAUUUCUCUGGGCAUGCGGAAAUUACCACCAGAAAUUGUACUUCCCGCGAUGUUGGCAGUGUGGUUACACCUAAACAGCUUAUAGAUUAUUCUAUCCGGAACACCCCAGGUCUUUGCAGACCAAGUAAACAAAGUGUGGAUCAUUUAUCCUCUGGUGGUGAUGUACAACAUAAUCUAAAUAAUCGUAUAUGGUUUACUGCACGUUUACUUGUGUUUGAUACAUCUGAUAUUAUACAAGAAGAAAAACAAUCAAAAUACGCCAGUGAUAUGGACUGGACGAAUUCCAUAUCAUCGUUUGCACUACGCAGUUUUAUUGGAAUAGGUUUUCCAAGUGAUUCCACUUGGGCAUUAUAUGAAGAUCAUAAAACUGGAGUGAGUUCCAAACCAUUACCAUUUCUUCGGAGGUCCAUGUAUCAUUGUGUCUGGGGGUCUAGAUGCGGUCAGACAUAUUUACCAGAAGUCGAUUUAUUUCCUGGUGCAAUAUUAUUUGUCCGCUAUUCAGAUGAAUACAAAGCACCUACUCCAUUAAGAAAAUUUCUACACUAUACUGGAAAUGUUCUUCGUAUUCUUAUAACUGGAGUAGAUCGAUCAGCUAAGCGUAAGGCAAUUGAGUCAGAGUUUUCACGACAGAAAGUACCCGAAGAUCAAUGGUUCUCUGUUAUUGCCAAACUCCAUGUUGCACGUUUAUUGGUCAGACCACGACAUUUAAUGCAGUUGUUUAAAUUACAGUGUUUAUGGCGUCAGGAUUUACGGAAACGUAGUAGUCCAGUUGAAGCUUAUUUGAAUUUGGGUUUACAUUAUCGAAAUGCAAUGAAAGAUAUUAAACAGUAUAUAAAGUCACAAGAAAAUCGUCAAAAUAAUACUACUGCUUCUGCUACCAAUAAUAUUUCAAAACAGAAUGAACUCGUCAUGGAUCAAAAAUCAGUUCGCAAAAUAUUAGAAAAUGGUCUAAUAUGGUUCAGAUUAUCAGAAGUAGACAAACAGGAAAAUAUGGAUUUAUUAUGGGAGGCAUUAGAAGCUUAUUCAGGUUUUAAUGGAAUUCCACAUUUUACUGAUUAUAUCUCGCUUGUAUUUGGUGAAUUACCUGAAGUUCAUCGUACCCUUGUACGGAAAGUAUUUCUAAAGAUGGAUCCAAAUCGGUUUGGUCAUAUCAAACUCCUUGAUAUUAAACGAUUUUAUAAUGCUCCCAAAUGGGCUGUGUAUCAGCUGGGCUCUGAUAUAGCACAUUCGCAGUUGGAUCUUCUAAGUAUUUUUGAAAGAACCACCAAUACUCCAAAUCGUUUAGAAUACACAGAAUUUGAAAAUUAUUAUCAGGCUGUUUCCAUUGCAUUAGGAGAAUGUCCCUUGGAUCGACUGAAAUCAGAUGCAACUUAUGUGGAUUUGUUUUCAUUGCUCCCUUCGAGUGAAUGUGCUCAAAACUAUUUUAUGGAUCAAGAAGCAGAUGAUGGUUGUGAUACAUUUAAACAAUUGAUACAAGAUGCUUGGUGUAUGUAGUUAGUUAAUAAUCAUCUUGAAUACACGAACGGUAAACAAAGUAAUACAUCCUUAUUCAUAUUCCGUUAAGCAUGCCAGCGAGUGAGACAUUUCUGUAACUUUUUCGUUGAUAUCUUCUUUUCCUUAUAUGGAACCAUUUUUUUUAGUGUUAAACAGUUUUGCUACUUUAAUAUUUUACAUUUUCCUUAGUUUUGCUGUCCGGUGAAUUGAUAAGUGUGAAUAAUGUAGCUUUGUUCACAUUUCAUAUUUAAAUGAAAUACUUUUGCAAUUUUAAA